AUGGAUCUCAUCAACACAGGAGGGAAAAUGGUCUGGGAUGAAACACUUGCCAAAUCUGCAGAGGCUUGGGCUGCUACAUGCAUUUGGGACCAUGGACCUUCCUACCUACUGAGAUUCUUGGGCCAGAACCUGUCUGUAAGAACUGGAAGGUAUCGAUCUAUUCUCCAGCUGGUAAAGCCAUGGUAUGAUGAGGUGAAGGAUUAUGCUUUCCCUUAUCCUCAAGAUUGCAAUCCCAGAUGCCCCAUGCGAUGUUAUGGACCCAUGUGCACCCAUUACACACAGAUGGUUUGGGCCACUUCCAAUCGUAUAGGCUGCGCAAUCCACACGUGCCACAAUAUGAACGUCUGGGGAUCUGUUUGGCGACGAGCUGUUUACUUGGUAUGCAACUAUGCCCCAAAGGGGAACUGGAUUGGAGAAGCACCAUAUAAAGUAGGAGUCCCAUGUUCAGCUUGUCCUCCAAGCUAUGGAGGUUCUUGUACCGACAAUCUUUGUUUCCCAGGAGUAACAUCAAACUACUUAUACUGGUUUAAAUAAGUUAAGGUUUACAUUAUUUUGAAGAAAGCCCACAGAUAAGUAACAAGAACCUUGUAUAUUGAAUUUUGCACAUAUUAUAUAUAGAGAGAUAUUGUAAUAAUACUCUGAUGUUUUCUUUUUGUAUACUGUUGUAUAAUUAACUUUCAAAGUAUAGUAUAAUUUGGUUUUAACACUUUGGGAUUUAAGACUCACAUUAUCCCUUUUAGAUUAGCCUUUGUUAAAGGAGAGAAAAUUUUCACCUUAGCAAGUGUAGCUUCCUGAAGGUUAGUUUAUAUUAAAAACACAUCAAAAUAUAGAAUAUUACUUCAUUUUUAAAAAUAAUAGCUCCAGAAAGAGAAGGGUCAUUGUUUAAUACUGUGCUUUAAAAAUGGAGUGUGACAUGCAAAGCAACAAAUGGU